AUGGAGGUGGCUUGUGCAUUCACAGCUAAAACGGUGAAGAAGUCUGGUUGGGGCCGUGUGCAUGGCUUGUCGACAUCCGAAUUCUCAGGUGUGGGUGGUGCUGUAAACAAUGAAGAAAUGGACAAUGGAGGCGAUUGUGUUAUGGAUGUGUCGCCUGGUGGUACGAAAACUUGGAUACCUGAAUGUGACGCAAGCUUGAAACCAUUUGAAGGACAGAUAUUCGACACAAUGGAAGAUGGGAUUAAGUUCUAUACGAACUACGCUGGCACAGUUGGAUUUGAUGUGCGUCGCAGUUCCGAUAAAAAAAAUAAAUACGGCCAUAUUUUGAAAAAACAAGUGGUAUGUUCACGGGAGGUGUAUAAGGACACAAAAGGUAAAGAGACUGGUGAGGAAAGAACAACAAAACAGAAGCGCCGGCUGACCACGAACAGAGUAGGAUGCGUUGCUAAACUCGUAUUGAAGUUCCAUAGUGAGGGGAAGUAUGUAGUAAAGACAUUUGUAGACAGACACAGACACUACUUGUGCGAGGAAAAAUUCAAAAGAUUCAUGAAAGUGAAUAGGAAAAUAGACAUCGGACAUCAGGAAUUCAUAACAAACUGCGGAAAAGUAAACGUUGGGGCAAGCAAGAGUUUUGAUAUAUUCGCCGAGAUGGUUGGUAGGCCCGAGAAUGUAGGAGCUACACAACAAGACUUCAAGAAUUACAGGAGAGAGCUUUUGGCGUACAUGAAAGAGAAAGAUAUACAGAUGGUUAUAUCCCAAUACCUGGAGAAGAAAAAUGAUUGCUUAGAUAUGUAUUUUGAGUACGAUGUGAACGAGAAAGACCAAUUAGCACGCGUGUUUUGGGCGGAUAGGCGGUCAAGAAUACACUAUGGGGCUUUUGGAGAUGUGGUGUCCUUCGAUGCAACAUACCAAACUAACAGGUACAAUCUCGUGUUCGUCCCAUUCACAGGUAUAGACAACCAUAAGAGAUGCGUGACAUUUGGUGCGGGACUAAUUGAUAAAGAGGACGUGGAAUCGUAUAGUUGGAUCCUCAGAAACUUCAAGAAUGCAAUGGGAAGUACACCACCUUUAGUAAUAACUGAUCAAGAUCCAGCUAUGAAGGUUGCGAUUGAAACGGAGUUCCCGGGGACUCGCCACCGUUACUGUAUGUGGCAUAUUAUGACUAAGGUUGGUGAUAAAGUGGGUAAUACAUUAGCGAAGAACGAGGAGUUCUGGCGUGCGUUGAAUGCCGUUGUGUGGAACGAGGAAGCAACGAUCAUAGGAUUCGAGAGCGCGUGGCAUGAGGUUAUUCAGAAGUAUGGCCUACUCGAAAAUCGUUGGUUGAAACUUGGGAAACAACGCGACAAGCAUCUGCAACUUAGCGCAGCUUGCAACGGGCAAACACCACCUCUCAAGACCCUCCUGCGCAUAGAGCGAGAAGCAGCAACGGUGUACACAUUGACUGUUUUCUCCGAUGUACAAAAAGAAAUAUGUGAGGGUUGGUUUACAUGCCGGGUGAGAUCGUACACCGAAGUUGAGGGGGUGAAGACAUAUGUGGUCGAAGACGGGACCAAUAAAAGAUACACUGUCAUAGUUGAGGAUGGGAGCAAUAACACAAGCUGCACAUGUCGAUUAUACACAAGGAUCGGGCUGCUAUGUCGACAUAUUACAAAUGUGAUAGAAGAAUUGGAAACAACACUGUGCAAUAAAGAAUUCAGCAGGGCAGAAGAUAACGCGAAACAGACAGUUAUGGAAGCAUAUUGUGGAGUUCCAAAGCCAGACACGAUUAAAGUGCACCCCUCGCAGUCGCGAAGACCAAAGGGUCUGGCAAGCGAAUGA